UUUCUUUUUCCAAAUUACAAUGCAGUGCUUUUAACAUCGAUUGGUAAUAAUGAUUAUAAUGAUGAUGGCUUGCGCGCGACUGCCUUCAGAAAUUUCCAGUAAUUUUCGGAUCACUAUUUGGAACGGAGAUUUUAAUCUGCCUACGUUAUGUAUCGUUAAAUCCAACUUCCGGUGAUUUUUCUAAUUUCUUUAAGUUCCCCCCCUCUUAAAUAAAUUUUUAAUACAUUUGAAAGUGAUGUCCGAUGAUAAGACGAACUUCCGCGCGCAGCCGGCGGUGAAGAGCAUCUUCGUGUACCGUAACGGCGACGCGCACGCGGACGCGCGGCGCGUGCUCAUCCACGAAAAGCGCGUGUGCGACUUCGAGACGCUGCUGCGAGAGGUGACAGGGCGCGUGCGCGCUCCCUUCGGCGCCGUGCGCUGCAUCUACACGCCGCGGGCCGGCCACCGCGUGGACGCGCUCGAGCACGUGCGCCACGGCGAGCAGUACGUAGCGGCGGGGAAAGAGAGGUUCAAGAAACUCGACUAUUUGCAGAUUGGAAGCAGGAAGAAACAAAUGCUCCAAAACAAUGGACUGGUGAAAGCUGCACCUCAGAAGCGUAUUAUCGUCUCUGCCCGAUUCCUGAAGCCCAUCAAAGAGCCAUGUGCAAUAUUUGUUAUUGCUAAUGGGGAUGUGUUGAAUCCGGCUGUGAGGUUUCUGGUUCCUAACCGCCUGCUCAGUCAGUUUGAGAAAAUCCUGGAGAUGAUCACAGAGAAAAUGGGACUGAGGAUUCUGGGAGGAGUGCGCAGUUUGUGUUCGUGUGAAGGAGUUCCUGUAACAGAUGGGAAAGAUCUGGAAAACGGGCAGUUUUAUGUCGCAGUGGGCAGAGACAAAUUCAAACCCAGGCCUUACGCCGAUUUACUGUUCACCAAACCUGCAGGCAUGAGGAGGAAUGUCAGAUCGAAAGCAGCUUCUCUUCCACCUAUCUACACAAGACAAAAUGGGGAUGCAGUUAAUGGUGUGAUUAAAUCAAAUCAAAGUGAGGAAGCGAAGUUCACUGAGCCAACCGCAUCUCUGGUGAGACAGAUCUCCCAGGCCAGACUUAUGGCCAUAAGAAAGAAGCGGAGCAACUUGACCAAAUCAUUCAGCACCCAAGAUAACGAUGAUGCAGAUCCUAAACCUGAAUGCGAGGACAUGGAGAGCGAAAGAAAGCCAGCGGAAGUCGAAAGUACAUCAGAUGAACAGGUGUACAGCAAUGAGGACAAAGCAGCUGGAGAAAAAGAGGCAGCAGCUGGAGAGGAUGAGGCAUCCGAACAAGCAGAAGAUGCAAUAGAACAAGCAGAAGAGGCAGCAGAACAAGAGGAAGAUGGAGCAGCACAAGAGGAAGAGGCAGAAGAACAAGAGGAUGAGGCAGAAGAACAAGAGGAAGAGGCAGCUGCACAAGAGGAAGAGGAAGCAACACAAGAGGAAGAGGCAGGAGAACAAGAGGAUGAGGCAGAAGAACAAGAGGAAGAGGCAGCUGCACAAGAGGAAGAGGAAGCAACACAAGAGGAAGAGGAAGUAGCAGUUCAAGAAAAGAAGCAGCAGAGGCGGAAGAAGACACAGGAGCAGGAGAAGAUUGGGCAGCAGAGGAAGAGACAGUAGCAAAGCAAGAGGCAGCAGUGGAGGAUGAACCGGCAGCAGAGGAUGAGGCAGUAGGAGAGCCAGAGGCAGCAAUGGAAAAUGAACCCACAGAGGAAACAGGAAGUGGAGAGGGGGAAGGAAAUGGCAUGGAAGCAGCAGAAGAAGGAGAUGAAUGCCAAGAGUAGUGACUAUGGUUUACUAAAAAUAUAAAGAUAAAUUUAACAACAGUGUAAGAAAUGAUAGCAUUUAUUAUUUUAGCUAUUUUUAUUAGUUGUCAUAACUAUAUAUCUCGAACAUUUUGUAUAUUGUACACUAAAUACAUAAUAGGUGUGUAUUUGGCUCCAUAUAUGGUAGAGAAUUUUACAAAGGAAAUUGGAUCGUAUACAAUUUGUGGUGUAUUAGUCAAAACUGUUGAGAGUGUGUGUGUGUGUGUGUGUGUGUGUGUGUGUGUGUGUGUGUGUGUGUGUGUGUGUUUUGGUCUUAGUUACAUUCAGGUGUGUGAGGUGUCAGGUUGUAAUGUAUUAAAGGCUGCUUUAUUUUACAGAGACAAAAAAAAUCUAAUAUUUACAGAGUUGUAUUUUGGAGUAGUGCUUACUUAUUCUGUGUAGCUCUAUUAACCAUCCUGAGAAAUAAAUCAAAAUUUACAGUUCCCAUA